AUGGCUUCCAAUCCUCCAGGUAAGUGCUGCGCUCAAGGUUUUUAUCAUGAAGGUACCCCAGCUGGUACCACUACUAGUCUUUAUGGGUUCGAGACCUAUGUGGCUGGGCCCGAAUCCUUGAAGAAUGAACAUGUUUUGGUCAUUGUAACAGAUAUUUACGGUAUUAAGGUUAACAACGUUUUGCUAAUCGCUGAUCAAUUGGCUGCAGCUGGGUUCAGAGUCUAUGUACCAGAUUUUUUGUUUAACGAUGAAGUCGUAGCUUUGGACGGCUCUUUCGAUUUCAAGUCUUGGCUAGAAAGGCACAGCGCCGAAAAGACCCACGGUCUAGUCCAAGAUUUCUUGACCAAGUUGAAGGAGGACACUAACCCAAAGAAGAUUGGUGUUAUCGGUCACUGUUUCGGUGCCAAAUACGCUUUAUUACAAAUCAAUGAAAAAGUCGGUUUGGCUGAUGCAGCUGCCCUUGCUCACCCAUCAUUCGUUGAGAUCGAAGAAGUGGAAGCAGUUGGUAAAAAGCCAGUGCUGAUUUCUGCAGCUGAAACUGAUAACAUCUUCCCUGAAGAAUUAAGAUAUAAGACCGAAGAAGCUUUAAAAAAACAAGGCAGCUACUACCAAAUCAAUGUAUUUGGCGGUGUUUCCCAUGGGUUUGCUGUCAGAGGUGACUUAAGCAUUCCAGCAGUGAGAUAUGCUCAAGACAAAACCAUCGAAGACCAAAUUUCAUUCUUCAAAUUCUUCUUCAAUUGCAUCUGA